AUGCCAUGCUGUGCUGUCCCAGAAGAACCUGUGAGGAUCUGGGACAAUUGCAAAGCAAAUGAACUGAACAAGCCAGGGGCAAGUCAUGGAGUCUACUGGCGGGUGAGGCACUCAAGGUGCAGGCACUCGGAGGCCCAGGGCAUGGCGGGGCCGCUACGGGGCCGGGUGGAGGAGCUGAAGAGGCCUUGGUGGCGGGAAAGCUCACCACUGGUGUUGCAGCACAGCGAGGCAGCUCGGCUGGCCGCGGAUGCCCUUCUGGAGCGGGGUGAGGCUGCUUACCUACGGGUCAUCUCUGAGGAACGGGAGCUGCCCUUCUUGAGCGCCCUGGACAUGGCCUACAUGACCAGUCAUGUGCGUGGAGCGCCUGAGCUCAGCGAGGCCCCGGGACCGGAGGCCUCGGGACCUGACCGCCUCAGCCUGCUCUCUGAAGUCACCUCAGGAACCUACUUUCCCAUGGUUUCUGAUGUAGAUCCCCCAGACCUAGACCUGGGCUGGCCUGAGGUUCCACAGGCCACAGGCUUCAGCCCCACCCAGGCUGUGGUCCACUUCCAGAGGGACAAAGCCAAGAGCAUCAAAGACCUGCUGCGUUUCCUCUUCAGCCAGGCCCGCACGGUGGUGGCUGUGGUGAUGGACAUAUUCACCGACAUGGAGCUGCUGUGUGAUCUCAUGGAGGCCUCCAGCCGGCGUGGUGUCCCUGUCUACCUCCUCCUGGCUCAAGAGCACUUACAGCACUUCUUGGAGAUGUGCUACAAGAUGGACCUCAAUGGGGGGCACUUGCCGAACAUGCGUGUGCGAAGCACGUGUGGGGACACGUACUGCAGCAAGGCAGGCCGCCGCUUCACAGGGCAGGCCCUGGAGAAGUUUAUCAUCGUCGACUGUGAGCAGGUGGUGGCGGGCAGCUACAGCUUCACCUGGCUUUGCAGCCAGGCCCAUACCAGCAUGGUGAUGCAGCUGAGGGGGCGCAUCGUGGAGGACUUCGACCGCGAGUUCCGCUGUCUGUAUGCCGAGUCCCAGCCGGUGGAGGGUUUCAGUGGCAACGAGGAUCUACUGUCUCCCCACGCACGACACCCUCCCCCAGUGGCCCUGACCUUGGGGCCUGGUAACCCAAGCCCCACGUGUUCCUCGCCCUCUGGCACCAGCUUCAGCAGUGUCAAGUGCUCACCUCUCGUGGGCCGUUCCUCCUACCUGGCUCUACCAGGAGGUGGUGGCUGCAGCGACAAGGGUAUGGGAUCCUCAUCACCAGGCCCUGCCCGCCGGGAAGCUGGUGGCCAGCCCUCUCUGCAUCGCCAGCUGUCAGACCCUAACCAAGGCUCCCAUCCUGGGCCCUAUAGGGCUAACCUGGGCAAGCUGGGAGCAUCCCCCUGGUCCCAGUCUUCCCCUGCCCUCAACCACAGUACUGCCACUUCUUCAACUGCGGCAAUGAGGUCACCUCUUCUCCCUAGUCCCCGACCCCUUCUCCACUUCUCUCGGGGGGCCCCAGCCCUGUCACAGCUCCCAGAGAAUGGGCUCCCAGGGAGCCAGGAGCCCAACCUCCCACGAGGCCGCUGGGCAUUUGGCACAGCCCUACAGACAGUGGAGGAGAAGGCUUCUCUGAGUCAGAGCCAUGGUCAGCUGGACCUCCUUGUCCCCUUUGCUAGAGCCCGAGAAACAGGAGGAACUGAUUCUGAGGUUACUCCCAACUCAAGUUCUGUACGACCUAGUGAGCAAGUCCCAGAUGGCAGGCGGUUGUCCCUGAGCCGGAGCUACAGCCACCUGGAUCUCCUGUCUCCAGGCAAGGGAGCUGGUGUUGCUGCUGAGUCAAGUUCCCUCAGACCUGCUGGUCCAGGUUCAGAGGAUAGAAGGCGGUCACCAACUCAUAGCUGCAGUCAGUUGGACUUGCAGACACAGUACCCUAAGGCGCAGGGCUCCAAAAUACCUCCAGAAGCCAACUCCUCAGCCAGGCCUCACAAGCAAGGUCUAGAUGAGCGACGGCAGACCCUUGGCCACAGUCAGCUGGACCUCAUCACCAAGUUUGGCCCAUUCCGGAGUGAGGGGCCUGGACCCAGUGUUCUGCCAGGGCCAGGCCCUGCUGCCAUGGUUGGAGUGGGCACUGGGGAUGAGAAGCGGCGGACUCUGGGCCACAGCAAGCUGGAUCUCAUCACCAAGUACCAUCACUUGCAGGGUGCCAGGCAGGGACCUGAGCCCGGCCUUCCCGCAGGUCCCACAGGUGGCAAUCACAAUGGUAGUAGUAAUGACCCGUUUGCACCUGAGAAACGGAUGACUCUGGGCCACAGCAAACUAGACCUUAUCACUAAGUACAACAAGUCCAAGUUCAAGCUGCUCCGAAGUCGAUUUGAGUCCUAGCCCUGCUGCCAACAGGGACAGAUCCUUCUUUCAUUCAUUGAGACUUGACUUGCGCACGCCUCACACUCUGAGGUGGGAAUGUGAAGCCAGAAUAGCGUAGGGAGAAGAGGGGAGGCAUCUAGAAUACCAGGGCAGACACUCCCUGGUCCCAAGAUUCUUAUAUGAUUACAAGUGCA